CACAUAGAUAUCAGAGUUGUCUUAAGUGUCGGAUCAAAACUAUUGACAUACUGGCGCAAUUCCUUCAAAGCAAACAAAAAUACUAGGAAAAACGCGUAACUUUUUCAAUUCCCGAAGGUCAAGUCGUCUAUAACCAUAGCGUUUAACGUUUGUCGCAAACUCAGUGAUUCUGAAGAAAAAGCAAUCAACAGGUUCAAAGCACACAAACCAAUUUAACAGUUUGAGUUUGGACAUACAUUGGCAGAACUAUAAAUCCCAGCUCACACAACGAGAAGAAGCGACAGUGGCUAUUGUGAGGCAUACGGGCGCGUGGUGCUCUGGGACUAGUAGUUUUGUUGUUUAUAUCGCCUGAAUGUUGGGGUUUCUUGUGUCGGCGUUGCCAACUAGAGGAAUUUUCCGAAAGACUCUUCGUUCUGUACUUAUUCUGAGUAGUGCCAAGAGAUUGUGGCAAGUAGGGCAGCCGGUGUGCUGUCGCUGGCAACGCAGCAGGAGCGGUUUCCUGAGGCAGUAUGCUGCUAUGGCUACAGGAGGUCAAGACCCCUUCUCAAAAUCUGGAAGAAGUCCCAACAGGCUAGUCAACGAGAAAUCCCCAUAUUUGUUGCAGCAUGCCUACAAUCCAGUGGACUGGUAUCCUUGGGGACCGGAAGCCUUUGAAAAAGCCAAAAGGGAAGACAAACCAAUUUUUUUGUCUGUGGGCUACUCAACAUGUCACUGGUGUCAUGUAAUGGAAAAGGAAUCAUUUGAGAAUGAGGAGAUUGGGAAGAUCCUUCAUGACAGUUUUGUUGCCAUUAAGGUGGAUCGAGAAGAACGCCCAGAUGUGGACAAAGUUUACAUGACGUUUGUGCAGCAGGCCACAAGCAGUGGAGGAGGCUGGCCGAUGAGUGUGUGGCUAACCCCAGAUCUCAAACCUUUUGUUGGGGGAACCUAUUUCCCACUGGAAGAUGGCACUUACCAUCUGGGAUUCAAAACAGUACUGAAGAGGAUUGCAGAACAGUGGAAACAUAACAAAAGUGCCAUGGUGGAGAGCAGUGAAAAUAUACUUAAAGUACUACAAGAUGCUGUGGUUUUGGGUGGAAAAGAAACAAAUUUGGUGUUGCCACCGUGUCAGGAGGUGACGGAAAGAUGUUUUGACCAGCUGGCAAAUUCAUAUGAUGAGGAGUAUGGUGGAUUCAGUGUGGCUCCAAAGUUCCCCACAGCAGUGACUUUCAGUUUCCUGUUCUGCUAUUGGGCAGCUCAUAAACGCACUGAGGCGGGAGCUCGUGCUCUUCAGAUGGCCCUGCAUACCCUGAGGAUGAUGGCUAAUGGAGGAAUUCAUGAUCAUAUCGGUCAGGGAUUUCACAGAUAUUCUACAGAUGCGCUGUGGCAUGUGCCUCAUUUUGAAAAGAUGCUGUAUGACCAGGGACAGCUUGCUGUUGCCUAUAUAGAUGCCUAUCAGAUAUCUGGAGAUACUUUCUUUGCAGAUGUUGCCAGGGAUAUCCUACAGUAUGUUUCCCGGGAUCUAAGUAAUGAGGAGGGUGGUUUCUAUAGUGCUGAAGAUGCAGACUCCCUUCCAACAGCAAAGGCAGAGGAGAAGAAAGAAGGGGCAUUUUGUGUGUGGACGUCUCAGGAAAUCCUUCAGUUGCUUCCUGACCCUGUUCCUGGAGCAACUAAUGGUGCUACUAUGGGCGACAUUUUUAUCCAUUACUAUGGAGUAAAGGAAAAGGGGAAUGUGAAUCCUGCUCAGGACCCACAUGGAGAACUAACUGGACAGAAUGUUCUUAUUGUUCACUAUUCAUUGGAGCUGACUGCUGCCAAAUAUGGCCUAGAGACAGACGAGGUGAAAAAGUUGCUAGAAAGGUGUAGGGAGCAGUUGUACAGUGCAAGACAAAUGAGACCACGUCCACAUUUGGAUAGCAAGAUGCUGGCAUCCUGGAAUGGACUGAUGCUAUCAGGCUUUGCUCAUGCUGGGGCAGUGCUGGGAGAGAAGAACUAUAUUGAACGUGCCACCAGCGCGGCAUGCUUUCUCAGAAAACAUUUGUUCUAUUUUGCUAAUGGAAGACUACUGAGAAGUUGUUAUCAGGGAGAAUUACAACCCAUUGAGCACUUGUCUGUGCCAGUCUUUGGUUUCCUGGAUGAUUUUGCAUUUGUUAUUCGUGCCCUUCUGGAUCUAUAUGAAGCCAGUUUUGAGCAGCGGUGGCUAGAGUGGGCAGUUCAACUUCAAGAGAAACAGGAUGAGCUGUUUUGGGACCCCAAGCAGUUUGCUUAUUAUACAAGUGAUGACAGUGACCCAUCCAUCCUAUUUCGACUGAAAGAUGAUCAAGAUGGAGCAGAGCCUAGUGCUAACUCUGUUGCUGCUUCCAACCUGCUGAGAUUAUCAAACUUUAUGGAUCGCAAAGACUGGGAGCUGAAGUCAAGUCAGAUAUUAAGUGCUUUUUCCAAUCGUCUAUGUAAGAUUCCAGUGGCACUGCCAGAGAUGGUGCGAACUCUAAUGGCAAAGCAUCAAGCCCUUAAACAGAUUGUCAUCUGUGGUGAUCCUGCAGAAGAAGAUACGCAGAAGCUGAUUAGCUGCAUCAAUUCCCAUUAUAUGCCUCAUAAGGUUUUACUACUUGCUGAUGGAAACAAGGAAAGCUUCCUCUAUUUGAACCUCCCGUUCCUUUCCACAUUGGAGAGACAGAAUGGGAAGGCUACAGCUUACAUUUGUGAGAAUCACACUUGCUCCUUGCCUGUAACAUCUGUAGAGGACCUUAAGAAGCUUCUCACAAAAUAAAUUGAGAGAUUUUCUAGACUGUGUUCAUCUGCUCUUCAAAGUAUUACAAAGAGACUGGCCUCUUAGUGAAGUCACUAGUAUGUCAUUUUUAGAAGUUUCUGAUAAAUGUUAGAACAAUUAUUGAUGCUUUCUUACCACAUUUUUUUUCAGCUUCUGAAUUUUAUGGUGUAAACUGAUCUAGUUUUAAAACAGUGCAAACUGCUGUGUUUUCUGACAAUGUGUGCAGAUUGACUGAACAUAUGCUGCAGGACUGCUGACUGAACCAAUGCUGUUAUGAACUACAUGAGGUGUCAUUACAGAUAAGGCAGUGUAACAGUUUGCAAAACUUUAGGCAGUUUGCAUACAUUUGCCGUGUUUGGUUUUCUUCAGCUGCUCACCUAUAAAAUUAUACCAAUGUCUUCUCAGACAGUAGCAAAAUAUAUUUAUUGUUCAGUGCUUUCAUCCAUAAAAAUAGGAUUUCUUCAGAAAGAAAACACAGCAAUUAGUUUAUUAAAUAACAAGUUUACAAA